UUUAUAAAUUUUAGUAAGCAUAUGUGUUGAGUUAAAAAAUAAAACAUCAUGGCAGGGAUAAUAGCUCCAAGCGGUGGAAACCAGCCAUUUAUUGAUUGUAAUGGACAACUAAACGAUGACCAACUACUUGGUAUUUUUGUAAAUUUUUCGGCAAGCCUGGACGUUUUGGAAAAGGAUCUGCACUCUGCUAUUAGAGCACACAAUUUUCGGUCGUUGUCCACUGAAGAGCAAGUGAAAGUUGACACUUUCUUGGUUUAUGUGAACAGUACGUUAUUUUGGAUGUACCUUAAACUACAAGGAUGUGAUUUGUCGAAGCACUAUAUUUUACACGAUUUGCGUCGAGCAAGAGAAAUGCUAGCACGCGAAAAGCAAACGAACAGUUCGAAGGCAGCACCACGCUUAGACAUAGCAGCGAGUAAACGGUUUAUUGCUGCAGGAAUGCACACACGAUUUGUAGAUAUGGAAGGCGUCAUGGUUACUGAAGCUCAAUAUACGCGUAGCCUGACGGAGGCAAGCGGCUCCAAUCUCCAACAAACAAUUUGAAUUUGGAACAUGAAAACCGUUGAAUAAAAAAUAUGUUUAAGUAACAAAUAAGUUAACCCCGUAACUCUUAAAUGGUCUUACAAACUAUGUACAAAUAAAUUGCUGUAUAUACUAUAUACUUACGCAGGAAUAUUUUGCUAGAUUAAUAUAAUUGCGGAUAGGUUGCAAUUGGAUUUAGAAUAACGAACGCGGAAUAAAAUUUCUUAUCUUUGAAA